AUGACACGAUCAACAAACCCACUCACCGCGACGGCACUGGAGCUCCAACGGAGGCUCGAGACUGGCUCUCUAACCAGCGUGGAGCUUACCCAGCUAUUCCUUCGGCAGAUCAAGAAGCAUAACAAGUCACUCAAUGCCGUGAUAAGCAUUUGUCCCGAGGAGAUUGUCCUGGCCAAGGCGGAUGAGCUCGACAGGGAAAGGCAGGCAGGUCAUGUCCGUAGCAAGCUGCACGGAAUCCCUAUUAUAGUCAAGGACGUUAUAGUUACGAGUAAGGACUUGGGUAUGCCCACGACGGCGGGAUCAUUUGCUUUCGCUUCGAGGACGGCACUUCGAAAUGCGCCUGUAAUUGACAAGCUCAUCGAUGCGGGGCUACUCAUUCUGGGGAAGAGCAACAUGACAGAGUUUUGCGGCCUCAAGUUAGUAUGCCCCUUCCUACAAUCCAAUAACCAACUGGCCGCUGACAAGCCCAGAUCCAACAACACGCCGGUGGGAUGGAGCGCAUACGGUGGCCAGACGAAGUCUCCCUAUCGCCGUAAUGAUUUACCCGAGGCUGAGCAGCCCGUAGCGGGAGGUUCUUCGUCAGGGUCGGCAGUUUCUAUUGCUUCUGGUUUCUGCCCACUAGCUUUAGGCACCGAGACGAGCGGCUCGACGGUCUACCCAUCAAGCCUUUCAGGGUUGUACGCCAUGAAACCCACGCCGAGCUUGAUUUCGACUGAUGGCGUCUUCAAGUUGAGUGCCAGUUUCGAUGGCAUUGGGAUUAUGGCUAGGGACCCCAACGACUUGGUGGCAUUGGCUGAUAUAUUGGCCGGCGACCAAGCUUCAAAUAGCGUGCCGAAGAUCUGUGAACUCAAUAGGAGUAGUAGCUGGGAAGGCCUUUCACUUGGUGUCACUGACGUGCUCUGGGGUAUUCAUGAAACGGCAAAGGACAAAUGGGGACAUUCCCACGUGCAAUUGACUUGGCAGGAGGCAAUCGCUAGGAUGAAAGCGUCCGGAGCUCGCGUGGUGUACCCGGUUGAGCUGCCAGGGUACAACACGGUUGUUUACAACAAGCAAACGCUUCAUACGGUAGCCUACCACGAAUUCCCGUCACAAGUAGCAAAGUUUGCCAACUACUUUGACACGACAACAGGGGACAUCAAAACGCUUGAGGACGUGAUUGUCUGGAACAAGGAGCAUGCGGCACAAGCCCUGCCUGAACCUUACACGACGCAGACGGAGCUGGAGGCAGCGGUGCUCGCGGGGAAGGCCAUGACGGAAGCUGAGCGACAAGGAGCGGUAACCGAGAUUCGAAGGCUUGCAGGCGGAGACGGCCUAGGCAAGAUAAUGAGGGAUGCAGAAGUAGACAUCAUCCUGUCGGCGUCAGAUUCUCUAAUAGUCGGGUUUGCGGGGGCCGCGGGAUGGCCAAUUGCAACGGUCCCGUUGGGCAACUUGCAGACCAACGGUCAGCCCUUUGGAUUCUUCGCAGUAGCGGCGAAGGGUAGAGAGGAUCUUCUCUUCAAGUUUAUGAGGGCAUUUCAUGCGACGUUUCCGCGUGUGAUGGAGCCAUCGGUGGUUACUUGGUGA